AUGAAGCGUAUUUUUUUAAUACCAUUAUCCUAAACUAUUUAAUAUUGACUAUGUAGUUUCUUUAUUUUUAUAUAGGAGAGUUACAAGUCACAAAUUCCUUUGACGCAUCUGAUGUGACAAUCAACCCAAGCAUUCCUGAAUCUGAUGAGUAUAUGAAGUUGUUAUCCCAAGAUGAUAUGUCCUUGACAACAACUCGGCUUGAGGUAACUAAAAAGAAAUUAAGGCGGAAGAGAGAAGUAUGGCUGACAUAUCCAGUUAAAACCGUAGCCGAAAUGAUACAUGCAACAGAGAUUGAAAAGUGCAGAAUCACGGCUACCAUUUAUGGUAAUGACACGGACUGGGCUUGGUUUUACUUUGGAUGUUGCCAAUGCACCAAAAAGGUGACAAGGAUCAGACGUGAAAUCGUUUUGGCCAAUUCAACUAAACCAUUGUAGCGUUGUGAUACAUGUCAUGAAAAUGUAUCAAAUGUCGAACCAAAGUUUGAACUCCAUUUGCUGGUUAAAGACGACAACAACAAUACGAAGAUGCUGCUUCUUGACAGUGAAGCUCAAAAAGUAGUUGGUUGUUUGGCUAAACAACUUUGGGAUGGGUCAUACAAUGAGAUGGAGGAUCCAGAGCUACUACCAGUAGAAAUAGCAGGGGCUGUCGGGAAAACCUUUCACUUUGGAGUGCAAAUCAAAAAGGAUAAUGUUUCUUAUGGUGCUGACACUUAUAAAAUAUCAAAGGUGUGGACUCUUGAAGAAUUGACUAAAAUUGAAGCUGAAGCAGCCGAAGCAGAUGCAUGCGAAACUGAAGAGCAGGAAAGUGAUGAACCAGUUAUCACCAUGUCUUCAACUAAAUCGUCUGACAAGGUUUCUACUCAGAGUGAAAUUUCAAGCAAAGAUAUAUCCUAUGGUUUGUCUACUCCAUCAUCCAAGAGAAAGGUGGAAAUAGAUGCGCUGCCUGAUCUCAAUUCCACUACCAAGAAGCAAUGCACCAAGUUAAUAAAACUUGAGAAGGAUAACUUAAAGUAG